CGAAGCGAUAUACCCGUGCAACGAGCCUACGCACACUAAUAAAACCGAACGCACGCAUACGUAUAAGGGAAUAACUGUGUAAAAGAUAUGUAACAGAGGUGUUGUAAUAUUGGAUUGGAAUAGUGGCAAAGUUGUGGCAAAAUGCGUAAUCACCAGCUGGGUUUUCCACACUAAAAUAUGCAAUCUUCCCGCCUUCCUUAUUUCGUAACUCUUUUCAUAGCAGUCGUUUUGCAAUAUUUACCAAAUGAAAAAAGUACCUCAAAAAGGCCUUUGGAAAAUGUAUGUGACUACGACCGUAACAUACUUUGUCCGGAAUGCGUCUCAAGUGGCUUGGAGUGUAAUAAAUUUGAUGAUUUAUUUAAACUGCAGGAUGAUAAUGUAUUCAACAUUAUCAAUAACAUUUUCAAUUCACACACUACUAGAAUUGGUACAAUUGUUCAGGAAAAUAAAUUAGCAGUGAUGAAACAUUUAAACCGUGAUAACACUAUCGAAAAAUUGUUACAAGAAUACUGUGACGCUUAUUCGCUGACAAAACAAAACUGCCGUUGGGCACAGCACGAUGGAAGUGUAGAUCGAGCAAAAGAAUUUAUUACGACAUCAAUCCUUGAUAGUGCAAGGGUUGAAGGAUGCAUCUUUUGUCCAGCCACAAACAAUCGGCAAAGUUUGCAACGUUUUCUAAGCUUAUUCGACUCGACUGAUAAUGAGCUGUGGAAUUUGCUUGCUGUACGCACAAAUGUAGAGCCGCUGCUCAUCAAACUGUUAACUGUUAAUUAUCACGAUGGGCCGCCGUUAUAUGUUCCAAAACUUUUGCACACAUUUGGCUUCUCCAUUAUUGAAACCUAUGAAGGAAAAACGUUGGAACAUUAUUACGAUUUCCCGUUCGUGACUCGUAUGGGCAUUGCUGCUGAGCUCAUCAGGGCAGCAUUUAAGUUCACGGAAGGAAUACACGGAUUUCGUGUUUUUUUAACAGAUAUAAAUCCAGAUAACGUGGUAGUAAAUCUUAAAAACGAUAGCAAGCAAGUGUACGUAUCCAUCGUCGAUUUAGAUAAUGUCAUUUUACUGGAUAGCUGGGCGGAAGUAUUUCUUACGAAAAAUACGCAUCAUGUGCACAGUAAAAUCGAAUGCAACGGAUGCUUUGCUUACGUCCAGGAAGAUGUUUGCCGCUAUCAAAAUAGUGAUUUGAAUUUGUUUGCCACAUGUCAGUUACUGCUAGAAAAUUUAAAUGGACACUACGCUAAAGGAUUGCUUCAUUACGAUCGUGAUGCUGAAGCAUUCCCAGUGCUUGGUGAAGCUUCAAAGAUGCUACAAAAUCUUCUGACAGAGUGUGUUUACUGUCAACCACCGGAUUGCCAAAACAGAUCGCACAUUUUGAAAGAUAUGCUUCACAUCAUAGAUCAAACAAUAAUUCAAUCGUAACCGCUACACUGUGCUGUUAUUUUUUACACUUUCCUGCAUUAAUGUUACAUUUUCCUCUAACUUGCCGAUCCGUACGUUCGUCUUCUUCCAUAGCUUGUACUUUUUGUAUAUAUUCGCGAAGUUCUUUUAGCUCACACAUGGCCUUUUUUGUUAGUUGACCUUCUGGCGUCGUACGAUGCUCAAAUACUAACAUACCUAUAGCUUCCUUUAAAGCAGCUUCUGACAGUUUCAGGCGUUCCUGCAGUAAAAUAAGCAAUGUAUACAUAUUUAGAAGAGAAUAUUGAAACAUUACAAUAAAAACCCGAACACCCGAUCAUACCAGCAGUUCAGGAGUUUUGAUCUCUCCUAUGUCGUGGUUGCGGCGUGAUAAAUCAACUAAUGCUGCAUGAUAUUCAUACAAAGCAAUCCCCGUUAAUCUUGAUACACCCGGAUCCAGUACGCGUAAUAUUUGCAGCAUCUCUUCGCAUAGUUCUAGCUUGCGUUUCAAGGCUUGACGAGGUACGUUGUGUAUAUCAUAAGACAUGCACAUGUUCCGUAGCUCACCAGCAAGGCUUUGCUUUGCUUCUAGUACAAGAGAAUGGUGUGGAUUGAGCGUUUUUGAAUGUUUUCCUAUUACUUUCUCCAGGUUACGACUAUCAAGAGCUGAAAGUGUAGAAAAUAUAUUAUUAUAUUGUAAUUCGCAAAUAGGUCAAUAUCUUCUGUAGCUCAUACCACAGCUGGAAAUAUCGUCUCUGGCCUCGCACAUGAUCUGAUUGACAUACUCCCUAGGCAGUUGAUGGCCACACGUAAGACAUUCCCAUUUUGGUCUGGUUGGAUAGCGUACGAUAGGAUGGUAUAACAAUAAAAGUAUAGAAAACCAUUGAAAGUAAGCAACUACGCAGGAUAUUCACAAUUAACUUACGUUUCUGGAUGGAAAACACAUAACCCAUCGUCACAGGCCGUACAUUUUAGUGAGCUUAAAUGGGUGCCCAAUUCGGUUGGAUCGCUGCAGCGUGCACAGUUACAUAUAAAGUAUUUUCCUUUUCUAAGAUGCGUUUGUCUUUCAAAUGUGCU